CUUUCCUGUUUUGUUAAAUAUUUCCCAACUACGAGUUUUACUCGUAGUAGGUUUCUCAAAUUCUCACCCAACGAUGCCAGUCGCCGUUUGCUUCCGUGUCCUCCACACGGACCCCCAUGCCAAUUCAUACUGCCAGUCGUGGGAUUUGAAGCGGCAGGCUGAAUCUGAGGCAGAAGCAGCGUUCCGCAGAGCUCUACAAAAUCUGCCAGAGGUAGCCGUACUCAAGCAUGCGCGUGCAUUCGCAGGCAUCCGGAAGGAAAUUUUGGUAUCCAUCCAAUCCCUAAGCGAAGUGAUCAGAAGGAAAAAGGAGGAGGGAAGGGGUCGUCAGGAACAUCUGGAAGAGGAGCUUCAGCAACUGGAGCAGCAAGCUGGCAGGUUUCAACAAGACAACGGUCCAAAGGAAUAGCCAAUAGCACAAUUAGUUGUCUAUCAGCCAAUUAGCCAAUAGCCAAUAGCCAAUAGCGAAUAGCAACGUAAAGCGGUGUUAAUAGGACAGUCAUUUCCCUCGUCAGGGACAUAGCGCAGUAAUCCCUGCUCGUCAGGGGCAGUUGAAACAGGUGGGGGAGAGGUUCAGCAAGUGGAGCUGCGGGCUUCUAAGUUUGAGAAGAUCACAGUCCAAUGGAAUAGCCAAUAGCCAAUAGCCAAUAGCCAAUAGCCAGGCAGUUUACGAAGCAUAGGCAUUCCUGUCUUGGCGUGUUAGGUGGCAAAAUGUCACAUCGGAGUGACGUACCCAUGCAGCAUCCGCCGGCAGAUUUCAAGUUUCCUUCUGAAUGAUUCUGUUCUUUGCUCACAGAAGCGAGAAGAGAAGGGAAGGGAAGCACGAGGAAGCCGAUCAAGGACACGUGAAGCCGGACAUGCCGUGACAGACAUGAUGAGUCGUUGAUGACCUUGCAGUGUACGAAUGCCGCGCCUGGUCCGUCGGGAAUACGAGGUAUAUCAUGCCCCACCGGUCGGUCCCAAUUACGGUCGCGACUGCGUUAUCGCGAUGAUGACACUGCAUAGUCGAACAGGUUGUCGUUUCGUGCUGUGUUAGGCUUGAUGCUGCACGGAGCCGACCUUUUGACAAACGCCACAGAAGUAGUGCACUUAAGCCACAGUGCUCAAAAGGUCAACUCCGCGCAGCAUCAAUGCACAGGACUCGAGCACAUAACUCGUGGCUCAAAAGGUCGACCAAUGCCACAGUGCUCUUGCUAUGCACAAAAUGCGCAUACAUGUACACGAAAAAUUCAAAUCUACAUUUGUUCUUAUCCGAGCUCUCAAUAUUUUUGUGCCCAGAUCUUGUCCACAUCAUCAUUGUCAUCUUGAUGGUGCAAUUUAGCAAUCGCACAUAUCCCCAGGAUUUGUGCUAUGCUUCAGAAAGGGAAGGCAGUAAAGGUAAUUUCCCCAC